UGCCGAGUCGCUUGCGCGUCUAAACACCAUUGACAUUAGGAUUAUUUACCUUUCACUAAAAAAUGAUAGCAAUUUUAUUGCUAUUUUUGAUGAAUUACAGAAUAACAGAUGCAGCAGUGAGCACACGUUAUCCAAUAGGCGGUUUAUUUAAUAAACAAUCUUUGCCAACGUCGGCCCAGGCUUUUGAGAAUAUUGUGAAUUCAGGCACUACACGGGCAUACCAUGGGCGGGCUAUGUACUUACAAGUCGUCGACAGCUAUUCCACAGCUUUAGAACUAUGCCCAUACACGUCGGAUAACAAAGGCAUCGUGGCGCUCAUCGACCCACGGCCGACCAUCGGUAUCUGUGACACUACUUGCUUGCUUUGCAACAGACUCAAUAUAUCACAUUUAGCUCUAAGUUGGGAACCGCCAGAUACCUUAAAUGAAAAUUCAUAUACAUUAAUGUACCACCCGCCACCGGAACUUAUAUCAAAAGCGUAUGCUACGCUAAUUAAAAAGUUGCAAUGGGAUAAAUUUACAUUUUUCUACGAAGACGACGGGAGCUUCACGCGUUUACAAGAAGUGAUAAAUACGUGGCCUUAUAAAAAUGAACCAAUUCUAUACAGAAAACUAGACCCAGAAGGGGACAAUAGAGAGAUAUUUAAAAAUGUCUUCAAGGUGGAGCACAUGAGCUAUCACGUAAUGGAUUGCGCGGUGGAAAAUGUUCGGAAAUAUAUGGAGGAGAUUAUUCAAGUUGAAAAUUCCACGCAAUAUCAAAGUUUCAUAUUAACAAAUCUGGACGCAUACACAGUCAAUUUGGAAGAUGUACCUGACCUUAUGGCUAAUGUUACUACAAUGCAUUUAACAACGCCCAAUGAUAUCAAAUGGAAAGACAUGGAUAUGAAUACUGCGAAUUGUUCUAUUCGGUUGGAAACUGCGUUAGCAGCUGAUGCAUUAAGUCAUUUAGAUAAGGCGAUACGUAGUAUGCAAUUAGAAAGCGAAGAUUAUCCGAGACGCUAUGGUCAAGUGGACGAUCCUCCGCCAUUAUGUUUUAUGAACACAAAGGCAGAUUACGAGGCCAGCGCUUGGCCGAGCGGAAAUGCAUUACGCGAGGCUUUAACUAAGACUUCAGCGAAAGGUUUUACUGGGAACAUUGAAUUCGAUGAGAACGGCAAAAGAACUAACUUCGUCCUGCAUUAUUCCAAAUUGAGUAACGAAAGUCAGUUCAUUUACGUAGGCUAUUGGGAUUCAAAGACGGACAUUAUUACAGACGAGAAGGACGUAACGGAUCGAUCGGCGGCGAGAACUUCCAAGUCUGUUAUACGGGUGGUAUCAAGAAAAGGUAAACCCUACUUUGAUAUCGACAACUCUAACGGCACAACUGUGUAUCGCGGAUAUGCGGUUGACCUUAUAGAUGCUAUAUUUAAAUAUAUACGGGAGGAGCAUCAUCAGGAAUUCAAAUAUGAGUUCUAUCGAGUUGCUGAAGAUAAGUAUGGGAACCAAGUCGAAGGAAUUAAAAAAUGGGAUGGGAUUGUUGGCGAUCUGCUUGAACAUAACGCGGAGUUAGCGGUAUGCGAUUUCACGAUAACGUCCGAUCGUCUCGCAGUUGUAGACUUUUCUACUCCAUUCAUGUCUCUGGGUAUCAGCAUGUUGUUCAAGGAACCGGACCCUGAGAUACCCGAUAUGUUCUCGUUUUUGAGCCCCCUGUCUUUGGAUGUGUGGUUAUAUUUGGGAACUACGUAUAUUAUAGUAUCUUUCGUGCUGCUACUGUGUGCACGUAUGAGUCAAGGCGAUUGGGUGAACCCUCACCCAUGCAAUCAGAACCCGGAGAAUCUGCAAAAUAUAUGGAGCCUGUACAAUUGUAUGUGGUUGACCAUGGGCUCGAUUAUGACGCAGGGUUGCGAUAUAUUGCCUAGGGCGGCUGGAUCUCGUUGGGUAACGGGGAUGUGGUGGUUCUUCGCUCUCAUCGUUACAGCAUCCUACACGGCUAACAUGUCGACCUUUCUACGAAACAACAGACGAAGCACAGAAAUAACCGACAUAAAGGAUCUCUCCGAACAAAAUAAAAUCGCUUACGGAGCUGUAACUAAUGCCUCCACUUAUAAGUUCUUUGAAACAUCAAAUGAUACCAUUUACAAAAAGAUCUGGUCCACAAUGAAUUCGGCAAAGCCCACUGUAUUUACGCGAAAUAAUGAAGAAGGUUUGAACAGAGUAUUAAAAAGCAAAGGGAAAUAUGCAUUUUUUAUGGAAUCCACUGCCAUAGAAUAUUAUAUGCAAAGAUUUUGCGAACUGAAAAUGGUUGGAAAUAAACUGGAUUCGAAGGAUUAUGGAAUCGCCAUGCCAAAAAAUUCUCCCUUCAAAAGUUUGAUUGACAGCGCAAUAUUAGGUUUGCAAGAGUCGGGAGAGCUGUUGGCGUUAAAGAGGAAAUGGUGGGAAGAAGAGGACAAUGAUGCUCAUUGUGAGGAAAAUACAGAAUCUGAUGAAGACGACGACGGUUCUUUACAAAUGAAAAAUACCAGCGGUAUAUUCUUGGUGCUCGGUGUUGGAGGCGUUAUCGGACUAAUAGUUGCUGUUAUAGAUUUCAUGUUACACGCGCGAAAGAUCUGUGUAAAGGAGAGGAUAACAUACAAAGAAGCGUUAUUAAGCGAGUGGCGAGUGUCGUUAAACCCGCGCGAGCUGCACAAGCCAGCCGCGCCACCGCGCUCCGCCGCACCGUCUACCGCUACGCCUUCGCCUCUACGAGACCGCUCGCAGUCGCGGGCGGUUUCUGUGCUACGGGCCGCUACGUCUUUCAUUAAUUUUGAUGAAAUUUAUUGA